AUGAAUUUGUCGCUCAUUGAUCCUUUCGUCCUCGCCCAGGACUAUCCCGACACCUUGACAGAGAAAUUGAGAAGCGGGCACGCGACAUGUUUGCGCUUCAAUCGCAAAGGAGAUUACCUUGCUUCCGGACGAGUGGACGGUACUGUGGUUAUCUUUGAUAUAGAGACAAAUGGAGUUGCGCGGAAACUCCGCGGUCAUACCAGACAGAUCCAAUCUCUCAGCUGGUCUAGAGAUGGACGAUACCUCCUCAGCUCCUCGCAGGACUGGAAAUGCAUUCUGUGGGACAUGAAAGAUGGUUCCCGCGUGCGCACCGUCCGAUUUGAGGCGCCUGUGUAUAUUGCAGAACUACAUCCUUUUAACCAUUUACUCUUCGUCGCUUCACUUUUCGAAGACCAACCAGUCCUCGUGGAUAUCUCGUCCCCCAAACCGAUCAAGCGAAUACUCCCCUCCGCUCCAUUUCGUCCUCCGCCAUCCGCCUCAGAAGAAAUCGACCCCGCCUUGGCGGCCAAACAAGCCGCGCAAGACGCAAAGCACUCGACAUGCGUCACAAUCUUCUCGGCAUUUGGAAAUCACAUCAUAUCAGGCACAUCCAAGGGUUGGAUCAACAUCAUCGAGACGCAGACCUGUACUACCAUCCAUUCCACCCGGCUCUGUAACGGCGUGGUCAUUCUCCUUCGUUUGGCAAGUAACGGCCGGGACUUACUCAUCAACAGUUCCGAUCGCGUAAUCCGAACCAUCAUCAUGCCAGACCUGUCGCAACUAGGGAUCGACCUCGAGCCCACGAACAUCAAACUACAAGUGGAACAUAAGUUUCAGGACGUGGUAAACCGACUGAGCUGGAACCACGUCACCUUCUCCUCUACAGGCGAAUUCGUGACUGCCUCCACCUUUAUGAAUCCUGACAUCUACGUCUGGGAGCGAAGCCACGGCUCCCUCGUCAAGAUCCUCGAGGGUCCGCGUGAAGAGCUCGGCGUUGUCGAAUGGCACCCGUCGCGCCCCAUGGUAGUCGCCUGUGGCUUAGAAUCCGGCUGCAUAUACACGUGGUCCAUCGUCACGCCACAGAAGUGGUCCGCUCUGGCGCCGGAUUUCGGCGAAGUCGAAGAAAAUGUCGAGUACAUGGAACGGGAGGAUGAAUUCGACAUCCACCCGGCGGAGGAAAUCCACCAACGGCGUCUCGACCAGGAAGAUGAAGUCCCCGAUGUCCUCACCAUCGAACCGCUAAAGAGUGGCGCGGACGGCGAGAUGGAAGCUUUCCGCAUGCCGGUCCUCCUGGACAUUUCUGACAGCGAAAGUGAGGAGGACAUAGUGGCGGUAGGGCCGGGGACGAUGCGUCGCCGGAGUCCCGGUGCAGGUCGGGAGUGGAUGAACUCCAAUGGAGACGGAGACAAAGAAAGUGGGAAGCCCGGUGCUGGUAGAGGUCAAAGGGGCCGGCGGAAAUAA